CUCAUACUUUAACUGACCAGAAGCUGGCGCAAUUGACCACAAAUGACAUUUAGACUAACUUCGCCUAUUUCAUGGAAAUAAUUAUAUUACAUGUUUUAAAUGCGGCGUACCAACGUCAUAUUAUAAAGUAGGCUACUCAUAAAACGUCAAUAUGCGUGUUGCAUGUGUAUUUAUUUGAUAUAUUUAUUCUAAUACAUGUUAGGCAAUAUUAUUAAUAUUCAAUAAGAAUAAUGCAAUAAGUCACGGCCUAUGGCAGGACGUUGCUUUCAACUGCAGACAACAGCUCAUUAACUGUGAAAUGAUAUGGCACGACUUCGAUUUUCCCCAUUCUCAUCCUUUUUGCUCUCCCCCUUCAUCGCCGAUUUGCGUGCAACUCCCAACACAUGCGUAGUGAGCGGCCUAGACACGCUUCAUUACGUCUGCAGGCUCUUCAGAGUGAGGUUCUCCAAGAUGAAGCUCAAGGCACAUGCGUGCUGUGGGUCUGUGAAGAAGAGCGCUCGUGGACAGACAUCUAUGAAGAGGCUGUAGAUGCAUGUCAUAUUUGGAUUAAACACCUGGAAAUUGUGAGCUGUUUCUCUGCAGAGGCAUUCACAUGUCAUGAGCAUGGUCGGAGAAAGACUUUGUGCUUCAUAGCAGUGUGUGCCUAUGUCAGAUUCUCCAUUACGUUUCUACAAGCUCAAGGGCUGAUAUGAAUAAAGCAGCGUCGUGGUCAGAGGAGGAAGUCUCGCUCUGGCUGACUGAUCAGGGCCUGCAGGAAUACUCAGAACCAUUAAGAAACUACGACGGACCGGCUUUGUUAAGUCUUACAACGGAUGACUUCAAGAGGUCACCCCUCUCCAGGGUCACAUCAGAUGGUGGUCAUCUGCUCCUGGAAAAGAUUGAGAUUCUUAAGAUCGAGCAUCAUAUCGACGUCCACAAGAAUGGACAUGCCAACGGGCACAUGGUGUUGAAUCAUAACGGGAAUUCUGGGAGUGCCGGAAAGGCUCACCAGAAUGGCAUGGUGAAUGGCUUCCACAAGGAACUGGUGCAGAUUCCCAUACCAGAGCCAGCUUCUCCACAGUUUCCUCCUGAAUGGGGAAAGACUGCCGUGGCUCUUGUCUAUGCCUUAUGCUGCUUCGUCUUGACCACCGUCAUCAUUUCUGUGGUCCAUGAACGUGUGCCUCCUAAGGAGGCAUCUCCACCGCUCCCUGACAAGUUCUUUGACUUUUUUGACCGCGUGGAGUGGGCUUUCACUAUAUGCGAGAUCAACGGAAUGAUUCUGAUGGUCUUGUGGAUUAUACAGUUGAGUCUCUUAAAACACAAAUCAAUUGUUGGCCGACGGUUCUUCUUCAUAGUUGGCACGCUCUACCUCUACAGGUGCAUCACCAUGUACAUUACUACUCUGCCAGUUCCUGGCAUGCACUUCAAAUGCUCUCCUAAGCUGUAUGGUGACUGGGAAUCUCAGAUGCGGCGGGUGAUGAAAAUGAUCGCAGGAGGAGGUCUGACCAUCACAGGCUCCCAUAACAUGUGUGGAGACUACUUGUACAGCGGCCACACAGUCAUGCUCACCCUCACUUAUCUCUUCAUGAAGGAGUAUUCUCCUAGACGGUUCUGGUGGUACCACUGGGGCUGUUGGGCUCUGUGUGCAAUAGGAUUGUUUUGCAUCCUUCUUGCUCAUGACCACUACACAAUUGAUGUCGUCGUGGCCUACUUCAUCACCACACGUCUCUUCUGGUGGUAUCAUACAAUGGCCAACCAACAAGUGCUUAAAGAAACAUCCCAGACCAACUUUUUCACCCAUGUAUGGUGGUACCGAUUUUUCCGGUACCUGGAAAACAAUGUUCCAGCCGUUGUCCCCCGCAGCUACCAGAAGCCCUUCUCGUGGCACUUGCUGCAUUGGAGUCAUGUGAAGUACACACGGAUAGACUCAGACUGACUAACGUUAGAAUGCUACAUUUGGAUGUUGGUCUCCAAAACAUGUGUCCAAAGUGCCAGAACAAGCCUGAUCCCUUUAACUAACAAAACCAGUCAUCCAAAGCAUCUCAUUCCUUUGAUUGGUUUUGGAUGUAAAACUUAACAAUAUGGCUGUAGGAGGAACCAUUGUCAGUGAUUUUCUUCUCUCUAAUUGUGUUAUUGGGCUUGUGUUGGCCUGUAGCAUCAUCUUGCAUUGCACCAACAAAAUUCACAAAAAACGAGCCAGCAAACUAAAUGCCAAGUUAUUUAUUUUCCAGAAUAACAUGACAAUGUGUCUGAGUAUCUUUGCCCCUGUUUACAGGCACAAAGCUAUCUUUUAAAGAUAUUUUUGUUAACUCAAGUAAGCAAUUUGACAAACUAAAUAUUGCAUUUUUCUGUUUGGAAGGAACAAGAAUCAGUUUUGUACAGCCUUACAUUUUUCUAGUCAUCCGCUAAAUAACGCGUGCUGUCAGAGAAGGUUUAUAUGAAUAUAAUUUUUAUUUUUUGAACUAAUUCUUUACGUCGAGAGCUACAGAAGAUGUUUAUCGUUUAGAUAAUCGAAUGCUCCUCAGUGCCUUAAUAGUUCAGAGUGAACGGUGUUCUGGCGGUCAACUGUAGUAAUGUAUUUAUGUUCGUUCAAAGAGAAUUUCAGUGUUUUGGAUUUCAUAUUCGGGGUGAUCCUGCUGUAACUACCCUUUGCGAAUUCAUGUACCACAUAUGCUUGAAACAGAUCUCACCUCGUUGCUCGAAUGUAACAACUGUACUGUAUUUUCAUGACCGUGUCAGCAAUUCUAAUUCCUUUGUCCAUAACCAUUUCUCUGGUGUUGUUUUCAGAAUGUAUUUAUGUUUUUGUUUGCGUUAUAUUUAGUAUUUGUCUCUGGAAUGGUUUCUUGGCAUGUUGUUUGUCUGUCAGACAGCACAUGCUUUAUGGCUCUGACUGAAUGUUCUGGGUUUGACUGACAAGACGAUGUGAACCGAUCCAUCCUUUCCACGAGCCAGAACAGAUGAUCUGUCCCAUUGACCAUCCAAUGCAACAAGCUGCUAUAUUGUGAUUUAAUAGUAGGAGGUGUUCGUCCAUUGACAAACCAAUAAAUGACAAAAUAUUAGCACAAAACA